AUGACGUUGCGCAGGGCGUCGAUGCGAGGCUCGAAGGCCACGCAGUGGCAACUCCUACGCUCAUAUACAGCAUUAUCACGUGCAAGGUUUCGUCAAGCACCAGCUCCUGCGGCGUUUGCACGCUCCGAAUCGCUGUCCGUCUCAACUUUUGGUGUCCUCCCGACCCCAUCAGGUGGCAACUCGUUACUGCUGGAAAAUGCGCGCUUUAUGUCGCAAAGACGGGUCCGUUGCAAUAGGAUGGAAGACAUGCAUCAGGAGGAAGAUGCGACGAAGGCAGCAGCAGCGAUCACCGCCACGUAUGAGACGUUGCUACAGCGAUUGUACCAAGUAAAUCGUUUCUCAGCUGUCAAGCUCGGACUUGAGAAUAUGCAGCAGCUUAACGUGGCGUUUGGUGAUCCAGCAUCGAAGUUGAAUGUUAUUCACGUGGCAGGAACGAACGGCAAAGGAUCAGUAGCGUUUAAAGUGGCGAAAGCACUCGAACGCUCUGGAUACAAGACGGGGUUGUUCGUAUCUCCACACGUUGCGUGCUUUAGAGAGCGUGUACAGGUCAAUAGGACGCUCAUCUCGGAGAGUGAGGUGUGCGAGACGUUGUCGGAGAUUUUCAAUAUUUGUGCACAAAUGAGGAUUCCAGCCACGUUUUUUGAGAUCACGACGAUGCUGGCUUUUCAGCAUUUUGCCAAGCAAGGAGUAGACUGUGUUGUGUUGGAGACGGGGCUUGGUGGUCGACUAGACUCGACAAAUAUUGUUACUCCCGUGUUAUCAGUGAUUACGUCCAUUGGCAUGGACCACAUGCGGAUUUUAGGCAAUACUCGUGAAGCCAUUGCACGUGAGAAGGCUGGAAUAAUUAAACCAAACGUACCGGUUGUGGUUGGACCUAAUACGCCUGUGACAGUUAUGAUGGAGUACGCGGCACAGAACAAUGCUCGGCUGGUGAGAGUACCGCUUGGGGAAAAUUUUGAAGAUGACUACAAUGUUGAGAACACGGCUAUUGCCCGCGAAGCCUGUGUUCAGCUAAACGCACUAUGUGAUACGCAGUCUAGCAUGGCCAAUGCAGGUCUUUGCGUUGACUUGACGGACGACCGCGUGAAUGCGGCGCUCGAAUCUCGUCCGCCGUGUCGCUUUCAAGUUCUCCAUGUUAUUCGCCCAAACUCGAAGGAACGCAAAGUCACCGUCGUGCUUGAUGUGGCACAUAAUCCGCAGGCUAUCGACAGGCUGGCGAGUCUAUUGCACAAACAGUUUCCCGAGAAAAAGUUCCGGUUUGUUUGUGGCUUCUCGGCUGACAAGGCCAUUGCCGAGGUGCUGGACAAGAUGACGGCCAUAGUCCGCGGCAGCCACUCGGACGAGAGUGAUGAACCGAUUCAAGAGCGCAUCCACUUGGUAAAGGCCAACCACCCCCGUGGCGCCACACUGCACGAGAUCAAUCUGGCGUUGGCGAAUGCAAGCGUCGAGACCGGGAAGAAGUGCGAGUACGGCACCAUCUUGAACAUCAAGGAAGGCGUUUACACCGCCCUGGCUGCAUCACGCGCGUCUGCAGACGACGAGGUAGUCGUGGUAUGUGGCAGUGUGUUCCUUAUGGCGGAGGCACGUCAGGCACUUGGACUCAAGGAACCAAUUGACAGCACCGCACUGAAUGCAGUGGCAGGUUGCCACCUUUCGACCCCCGACAGUCGCCUCGCCGAGCAAGAGGUUAAUGUGGCCGCUGCGACGUAG